UAACAUAUCAAAUAUUUUAAUAUACUUCAUAAAUAACAUUUUUAAAUAUUUUUUUAGGUGUUUUGAAAAGGACGAGGAUGAGACAUCUGUAGAAUUUCACAAUUUAAGUGCUAUUUUAAUUACAGACUAUAUAGAAGAUACGAAUACAGAAAAUUUACUUAUUCUUCCGCCACAUCAUAGAUGUGCCAGUCACACUUUAAAUCUUGUCGCGGUGAAAGAUUCCGAGAAAGCUAUAGAUAAUGAUGUUUUAUACAAGAAACUAUACAGAUUGACAUUUGCCAAAUUAACCAAAUUAUGGAAUAAACAGAAUCAAUCUACACAAGUAGCUGAUAAAAUAAAAGAAAUUUGCGGUGUCUACUUAAAAACUCCUGUUAUUACAAGAUGGAACUCCACUUUUGAUUCCAUACUGCAAAUAAUAACACUUUUGAAAAAUGAUCCCGAAAUAAUUAACAAAUGUCUCGAUUACUGUAAUUUGCAAAGACUGACAGAAAAUGAAAUUAAAUUCAUAGAAGAAUAUUGUCAGGUAAUGAAACCUGUAUCGCAAGCCUUAGAUAUAUUGCAAGGUGAGACAGGAAUGUAUAUGGGAUAUUUAUUACCGGUCUUGAAAACUGUAAAAGAAAAAUUAGAAACACUGAACAAAAGUGGAUUUACUCAUUGCCAAUCACUAAUCGCAGCAGUUCAACAAGGUUUAGAUAAAAGAUUUUCCACAUUAUUUGAGAAAAAAGAGCUUAUUAUUGCAAGUUGUUUGCAUCCAAAAUUUAAAUUAAAUUGGAUAAAUGGAGAAGAAAGGAAACUCGCUAAAAAUUACUUGGAAGACUUAUUAGGAAUCCGUUCUGCUGAGAAUUCCCCAAAUCUUAAUGAAAAACUCGAUAACUGCGAUGACUUUUUUACUUUUGAUCAGCAAACAAAAGAAAUCGAGUCUACACAAGAAGAAUUGUAUCGAUUCUUAAAAUCGAGUAACUGCAAUAUUGGUAUGUUAAAUGAUUAUACUACAAUUAAAAAACAUUUUAUUAAAUACAAUACGGCACUUCCGAGUAGUGCAUCCGUUGAACGAAUGUUUAGCGUCGGUGGCUCUGUAAUAACGCCACAAAGAGGACAUCUUCACGAUGACAUAAUCGAGUAUCAAAUCCUUUUAAAAAUUAAUAAAAAUUUUUAUUAACAUUUUAGAUAUUAAAUCGUUUAACCGACUUUAAUCUUGAUGUUCGAUAAAUACAUAUAACAACCGUUUAUAAAGUGAGUUUGCUAGAUAUAAGUUUCACCUGCGUGUACUUUUAUUUUCUGAUAGUAAUUUUAUGUAUGAAGCAAAAAAUAUUUUAUUUCUUCGAGUUGUAUGUCAGUUUGCAAAAUGGCGAGAAAUAAAUGAAAUUUGCAUUUUUGUUAGCGCGCGUAAGUACUCUUAUGUAUAUAAUGAGAUGUUUCGAUUAAAGAAAUCAACUCGACUCGAGAUUGCGUUUCGUGUUUCUUAAACAAGUGUUUCGAUCGAUCGCAAAUGAAACUAAUCACUAAUGCAACCUCGAUCAUUCUCGACACACCGCUUUUAUUACUAUUCUCUUCGAGAUAUUUGCGUCUAAUAACCUUCUUUAUAGUGUAACAUUAUUAGUACUUAUAAUGUAACAUUAAUGUAAUUAUAUAAAUAAUAAAUCAGUAUAUUUAGAAAGCA